AUAACAAAGCUUUGAUCAUUAUAAACAACACAAAAAACAUAAACAACACAAAAAACCAAAAUUAUAUCAUAUAUUUGUGUAAGUAUCAACACAAUACAAACAUGAAGGUUCGUAUCUUCACAUUUCUUUCUUUUCUAGCCGUAAUUUUUGUAUCAACUCUUGUUACUAAAAGUAAUGCAAAUAUAGUUUCAAAUCAAAAUGAUGAUAUUCAAGAUAGAUUAAUAAAAUGUCUUACUAGCCAUUCUCUUGAAUCCUACCCAAUAUCAUCCCUCAUUUAUGCACCACAAAAUACAUCCUUCUCUAAUGUUCUACAAUCCUACGUACGAAAUCUUCGUUUUAAUACCUCCACAACUCGUAAACCCUUGCUUAUUGUGACAGUUACCGAUGUAUCUCACAUCCAAGCAUCGAUCUUGUGUGCCAAGGAGACCGGUAUUGAGAUGAAGGUCCGAAGUGGAGGCCACGACUAUGAGGGGCUAUCCUAUGUCUCUAUAGUCCCUUUUUUCGUGGUUGACAUGUUCAACUUCCGUUCAGUUGAUGUAAACAUCGAGGAUGAGACUGCUUGGGUGGAUGCCGGGGCUCUCCUAGGUGAAGUAUACUACAACAUCGCGAACAAGAGUGACACCCAUGCUUACCCUGCAGGAGUUUGUCCUACCGUUGGUGCUGGAGGGCACAUCACCGGAGGAGGUUAUGGUAAUUUAAUGCGAAAAUACGGCCUUACAAGUGAUAAUCUUGUUGAUGCCAAAGUUGUGGAUGUCAAUGGUAGAAUACUUGAUCGCACAACCAUGGGAGAGGAUCUCUUUUGGGCUAUUCGAGGUGGUGGUGGUUCGAGUUAUUGUGUUAUCCUUUCCUAUAAGAUAAAAUUGGUUAAAGUACCUAAAAAAGUCACUGUUUUUAGGGUUUCAAGGACACUAGACCAAAACCUAACUGAUAUUGUUGAUCAAUAUCAACAUGUUGCUCCAAAUUUGGACUGUGAUGCCUUCAUUAGGCUUACCCUAGGUGUUACAAACUCGACCAAAACCGGCCUUUUGACAAACCAAGCAACAUUUAGAUGCUUAUUUUUAGGUGACACUCAAUCCCUUUUAUCCCUAGUACAAGAGAAUUUUCCCUUGUUAGGCCUAGAAAAGUCGGAUUGCCUUGAAAUGAGUUGGAUUGGAUCUGUCCUUUUCUAUUAUGACUUUGCUAUGGGAACUCCACUUUCGACUUUAUUAGAUAGGCACCCUUCAAGUUUAACUUCCCUCAAAAGAAAGUCCGACUAUUUGAAGAAGCCAAUUCCAAGAUACGGGUUAGAAGGGUUAUGGAAGCUAAUGGUUGAACUACAAACGCCUCAACUCACGUUUAACCCUUAUGGAGGCCAAAUGGCAGAGAUACCGGCUGAUGCGACACCAUUCCCUCAUAGGGCCGGGAACAUGUUCAAGCUUCAAUACGCGACUAAUUGGAACGAAGAAGACAAUGAUAGAUCAAAGUACUAUAUAGACUUGACAAGAAAACUCCAUACCUACAUGACUCCUUUUGUUUCAAAAAAUCCAAGAGAAGCUUUUCUUAAUUAUCGAGACAUUGACUUGGGGAUUAAUCACCAAGGUACAAGAAGCUACAUUGAAGGUAAAAAAUAUGGGGUGAAAUAUUUCAAGGAUAACUUUGAUAGGUUGGUGAAAAUUAAGACCAUGGUUGAUCCUGAUAACUUCUUUAGGAAUGAGCAAAGUAUACCAACUCUUCCACGUUAGUGCAUGGACCGUAAUACUUUAGAAUACAAGCACAUAUCUAAUAUUUUAUUUUUCUUACCAUUAAAUAAAAUACUAUAUUGAUUUGUACUUAUACCAUAUUGCGUAAAAAAGUGUUUUAACAUUGUAUUAUUGUAAUAUAUGUCUAUUGAUUUGUACUUGUACAGUUAUACACUUAUACCAUAGUGAAAAGAGUGUUUCACAUUGUAUAAUUGUAAAUUGUAAUCUAUAUGUUGUCAUAUUUCUUGUUUACCUGUA